AUGGAUCUUAACGAGCUGCCACCAGAUUUGGAUGAAGAUUUCUUGGAUGCAUUUGAUUUUGAUUAUAUGACUAGCAACCCUACCUUCUGCACUCAAGUGUCCACAAAUCCUGGAAUUCCUCAGCCUAACGAUGAGCAUGUGAACCAACCGAUUUUGCCUAGUAUUUCUGAAGAUGGUCAUGCUCCUGCAGUUUCAGAAGAGUUUCUUCCUACCAUUUCUGAGAUCAGAUUGUCAUUUGAACAGGCAAGAAUAGAGGACAGGAAUGAAGAUUCUACUACUAAUCCUGUAUUUGCUGAAGUAGCAGAAGAGGAGGAAGAGGUGUGGUCUACACCUGAAAUGCCACACAAUGGGAUGUCUUUUGCAACCUUGGACGAAGCAAGGGAGUACUACAACUCGUAUGCAAAGAGAACUGGCUUCUCGAUUAGAACAAACACGUCACGUCGGUCUGCAAUCACAAGAGAAAAACAAAAGGUGCAGUUUGUGUGCAACAAGGAAGGCUUUGGCAGGAAAAGGAGAGUUGCUGCUCAGCUUGUUGAUGGAAUCACUUGCUACUCUGACAAUGAUGAAGCCGAAGAAGAGGAUACUGCACAAGAAGAAGAGGAUGAGCAAGUAGAAAAAAGGAAGAAGUUUGACGGAUGUAAGAAAAGAAAGAGGGAGAAAAUGCUAUAUACAAACUGCAAGGCAAGGAUGGUAGUCAAAAUCAUUGGCUCUAGAUGGCAAGUAAUCUAUUUUUUGGCCGAGCAUAACCAUGAUCUUGUAGUUCAGCCCUCACUCAAGAAGUUCCUAAGGUCCCAUAGAGGCAUACCGAAGCAGGAAAAGGACUUCAUUGUUUUGCUACAUGGAUGCAACUUGAGCACCGGUAGAAUCAUGCAGCUGAUGAGCGAGUUCUAUGGCUCAGCACAGCUGGUUCCAUAUGACGGCAAACAAGUUUCAAACUUCCGCUCCACCAUCCACAAGACAGAAAAAUUCAAAGAUAUGCAAGAAACUUUGGAUUACUUCAGAGCAUUGAAAGAAGAAGACCCUGAAUUCUUCUACAAGAUCAAGCUUGAUGACAACCAUAGGGUUGAGAACCUAUUUUGGGUUGAUUCAGCUGCAAGGCGUGCUUACAAAGAGGCAUACAACGAUUGUGUCUCAUUUGAUGCAACCUAUAUGACCAACAUAUAUGAGAUGCCUUGUACACCAUUCAUAGGAAUCAACAGACACUGUCAAACUUUUCAACUAGGAUGUGCCUUUAUAAGGAAUGAGAAGACAACUACCUAUGAAUGGUUGUUUCUAACAUUUCUAGAGGCAAUGGAUAGAAAAGCACCCCUUAACAUAAUCACCGAUCAAGAUCCUGCGAUGAGAGCUGCCAUUUGCAUUGUGUUUCCAAACACAACCCACAGGAAUUGCAGGUGGCAUAUCAUGGACAAGUUUUCAGGCACAAUUGGACCGAUCCUUGCUAAAAAUGAUGAGCUGAAUGAGGAGUUUGUGGAUUGCUUAAACCACACUGUAAGCCCAGAAGAUUUUGAGUCAAAGUGGGCUACUAUGGUCCAGAAAUAUGGUUUGGAGGACAAUGAGCAUUUUCAACACCUAUACCACAUAAGGCAGAGCUUCAUACCAGCCUACUACAUGCACAGUUUCUUCCCAUUCCUCCAGUCGACUCAAAGGAGCGAGGGGUUCAAUGCUUUGUUGAAGAAGUAUGUCAACCCAAACUUGUCAGUGCUACAGUUUGUGAGGCAGUACCAGAAAAUACAAGAAAAGUGUCUGGUUGCACAGGAUGGGCAAGACUUCAGGACCGAUGAGAAUGAGCGAAGACGAUGGUCAAGGCAUCCACUUGAGAAGCAUGCUUCCACUGUAUACACAAAGAAUAUGUUUUACAGGUUCUCCAAAGAGUUUGAGAAAACUGCAGAAUAUGAUGUGAAGCCUGUAGGGCAGUUCCAAUAUUGGUUGGAGCCCAAUAAUAGCUUUGUUUUUGGGUAUGGAAAAAGGAACUAUCUUGUUACAGCAAUAGAAGAGGAUGAAAGCUAUUGCUGCGAGUGCAGCAAGUUUGAUAGGGAUGGAAUCAUUUGCUGCCACAUUAUGAGAGUUAUGGUCAGAAUGGGUGUGAAAUUAAUACCAGAAAGGUACAUCCUUAAAAGGUGGACGCAACAAGCAAUUGCUAGUGAUACUAACCAGGUCCAAAAUGUGAAUGCACCAGUGGGACUUGUGGCCCGUGGGAUGCCAUUGACUAGUGAGAAAACUUUGAGAUUUACCAACGCAACCACCGCGUUUGCAGCAAUAGCAGUGGAAGGUUGUACAAAUGAUGAAAACUAUGCUAUUUUGGAGAAGCACAUCAAGGAGAUGCGAUCUGAAUUUGAAGAAAUUAAGAAAAGGACGAUGGCAAAUAGGCAAAACACUAGUGGUGCAGAAGGUGGUGCUACAGAAGGUGCACAAAAUGGUACAGGUGUCUCUACUCUAACUGGACCUUCAUUGCAAACUGCAAGUUUAAAAAACUAG